UUCAUCAUGACAGCUGGUGUAAGACAGCUUCUAGGCUUGGUUGUAGCCAGUGUCAGCUUUUUGUGCAGCGUCAUCAUCUGUGCUCUCCCACAAUGGAGAGUCACAAAAAAUCAGGAUUCCAGAAUUAAUUAUAUUCGUGAAUUUUCUGAGGGUUUGUGGAAGUUCUGUGAGACCUACAGCUUGAACCUGGUUCACUGCCUUAGGUAUGAGAGUCCAUAUGCGUCAAUAACUCAAGACCUGGAGGUUGCCAGGGUGCUCAUUGUGAUUGCUAUCAUUGUUGGGUUCACUGGGAUCCUGCUUGGUGUUGCUGGGAGCAAGUUCAUCAACUUUGUGCCAGAUGAAAUGAAAAGGAGCAAAAUGGCCAUGGCUUCUGGAGUUGUUUUAUUCAUUGCAGGCCUCUUUGUACUAAUACCAGUCUGCUGGACCACCAGCACCAUCAGUGUUAAUUUUGACAAUCAUCUGUCUCCUGACUCUUCUGGCUCUCCUGACUCUUCUGGCUCUCCUGACUUUUCUGGCUUUCCUGGCUCUCCUGGUACUUUGAAGAGUGAACUGGGAGCCUCCGUCUACAUUGGCUGGAUCACAUCAGGGCUGUGGUUCCUGGGAGGAGGCCUCCUCUGCAGCUCCUUUCUCUGCAGGGAUGGGACUGACUAAAACAUUAGGUACUCCUAUUCUGUAUAAGUGCGGCUUUACUUACCUGAAUUAAAAAGACGUAUGUUUAGACAUCUUUAAGUCUAUUAGAACAAAACAAAUGUUUUACCUUCUCUUUGUCCCUGGAAUGAGUAGAAUAGCAGAGUUUGAAAUGUGAAUUUUUUGUUGUUUGAGUGUGUAACUUCUGGAUAUAUUUUGGUACAUCUUCCACCAUUACAAACACCUUUUCUCUUUUUAUUUUAUGAUUACUUUUCAUGUUGAUUGCUAUUAAAAUAUGGAAAAAGAUUUUUUUUCUGGGAUCUGUAUGAAAACAAAUACAUGUGCUUUUAAAUCUGCUCUAAAAUAUGACUGUCGCCAGUGGUUUAAGUCCAGGCCUGAUCUUUUGCUACUGUUUC